CUACAGAAAAAGGAGAACAGGUGGUACUUUGAUGGGCGCUAGAAAAUCGAGGCACGGAAGCUGUCUUUCUGCCCUCUCGACUUCUUUCAGCUGCUCAUCUUCUCCUCCGAGGCUGUGGUCACCCCCUCUCCCUCUCCUUCUUCUCUUCAUCCUCCUUAUUUUAAGCCACAACCAUCCCGUCGAUUCAUUCUCCUGGCCAAAUCCGCUGGCGAGUUUUUCCCAAAAAAAUAGAGAAUGUGUCCGUUCCGUCCGUGCAGUGGCCUUCUCCACCUGUUCUUACCCCGCGAAUAAUCCCAUCGAGGACCGAUACAUCGUGGUUGACGACCAGAUCCCCUCACUCUUUGCAUCAGCGUCUUCUUCAUCCCUUCCCUACUUUCAUGCGGCAGUCUUUGAUGGCCAUGGUGGCGCAGAGGUAGCAGAGAUGGUCCGAAAUACUUUAGUCGGGAAGGUAAAGGAAACCAUUGCCAAAUUGCCGCGUCACGCCCAGAAAGAUGAGACCGUGAUCACGAACGCCCUCAUCAAUGCCUUCAUCCAAGUGGAGACCCUGUGGAUCGAAAGCGUGCUGGCCCUGGAAAACGAGCUGACGCAGCGGAAAAAGGCCACGGUCGGUGCCUGUGCCCUCUACACCCUGAUCAAAGACAAUGUUCUGUACGUGGCGAACGCCGGCGACUGUCGUGCAGUGAUGGGCAAGCUCCGGCACCCCGCCAAGCCCGCCUCCGCCCCUCCCUCCCUCAUCCCUUCUCCGCACCCGUCCUCCACGGCCGUCUACGAGGCCAUACCUAUGUCUCUCGACCACAACGCACGGGAGGAGCGCGAACACGCCCGCUUGCGGAAAGCGCACCCGGGGGAGGAUGAGGACAUU